AAAAAUUACUCCCACGUUUUACGAAAAAAAAUUCUUUCUGGACAUUGAGAAGACACCAUCCACAAAAAGAAAGUAUAGUUUGAUAUCUCUAAAUAAGGCAUAUUUUUGUCUCAAGAUACCAAUGGAGCUAAGAUACCUUUCCAGAAACCAACAAAGUCAACUACACAGAAACAUUAUAAAUCUCUGAAAUUUGCAGUAUAAAUUCUUUGCCUCUAAGCUCAUUUGCUUUUUAUCUCAAUAAUGAACAUUACCUUAAUUCUUCUCCUAUUUCUUGUCCCAAUCUUCCUCCUCUUCGUUCGGAAGAGAAGAACAUCGAAAAGAGUUCCACCAGGAUCACUUGGAUUACCAAUCAUCGGUCAAAGCCUUGGCUUGCUAAGGGCAAUGAGAGCGAAUACAGCAGAGAAAUGGCUUGAGGAAAAAGUCCAAAAAUAUGGCCCUAUCUCAAAAUUAAGCCUCUUUGGCAAACCCACUGUAUUCAUUUAUGGACAGGCUGCUAACAAGUUUCUAUUCACUAGUGAUGGCACUGUCCUCAGUAAUGCACAAACACAAUCAAUCAAGAUGAUUCUAGGAGAUCGCUGCCUUUUAGAACUCAACGGUGAAGAUCAUAAGCGCGUUAGAGCUGCUCUUGUAUCAUUCUUGAAGCCAGAAAGUCUGAAGCUUUAUGUUGGAAAGAUGGAAGAAGAAGUCAGAAUUCAUCUUCAGAAGCACUGGAAAGACAACCAAAUAGUUAAGGUCUUACCUUUGAUGAAGACACUCACCUUCGACAUUGUUUGCUCUCUCCUUUUCGGGCUUGAAUGUGGAACACGAAGAGACCAAAUGGUUCACUGCUUCGAGCGGAUGAUGGAAGGAAUGUGGUCAAUCCCUAUAAACUUGCCAUUUACACGCUUCAACCGCAGCCUCAAGGCAAGCACAGAUCUCCGGAAAAUGCUGCAGCAGAUUCUAUGUGAGAAGCGCUAUGCGUUUGAGCACAAUUCAGCUUCAUCCCACCAGGACCUCAUCACCUGUUUGCUCAGCAUCCGCGGAGAGAACAACAAAGAACUUUUAUCUGAAAAAGAGAUGAUUCACAAUAUCACACUAAUUAUGGCUGCUGGACAUGACACUUCAUCCAUCUUGAUAACCUUUAUGAUAAGAGUUUUAGCUAAUCAUCCCAACAUCUAUGCCUCUGUCCUUAAAGAACAAGAAGAGAUUGCACAAAGUAAGUUACCAGGAGAGUCCCUAACUUGGGAAGACCUCGGCAAGAUGAAGUAUACCUGGAGAGUGGCAAUGGAGACACUCCGAAUGGUUCCUCCGGUUUUUGGAGGUUUCAGGCAGGCUGUAAAGGACAUUGAGUACGGAGGCUACCUCAUUCCUAAAGGAUGGCAAAUAUUCUGGGUAACAGCAAAGACACACAUGGAUAGCAGCAUUUUCCAAGAACCAGAGAAAUUUGAUCCAGCGCACUUUGAGAACCAAGCAACGUUGCCCCCUUACAACUAUAUUGCAUUCGGAGGGGGAGCCCGUGUAUGUCCUGGUUACGAGUUUGCAAAGAUUGAAACUUUGGUAACAAUCCAUUACUUAGUAAGGCAUUUCACAUGGAAACUAUGCUGUAUAGAGGAUACCUUCAGCAGGGAUCCAAUGCCAACACCAAAUCAAGGUCUUCCCAUCCAAAUAAUUCCCAAGAAACCUCUCUAAUUCAAUGAAUUAAUCCUUGGCUUGGAGCUGUACAACUUUAGAAUAGAAAGUUGAAGGCUAAAAUUUGGACGUGAAAGAUUAAUGAAGUUGUAAUUGACAUAAAACUUCAUCCUUUCUCCUUAUUCCAAUGUAUUCUGCAUUUGGGUAAUUUAUUUGAAAAAUGUUUUGGGGUUAGAGAACUUUACCAUGGAAAAAUAAGUGCGGAUCUCUAAAGUUUUGCAGGCA